AUGGCGCGUUUGAGCGUCACGUUCCUCGCGCUGCUGCUCCUUGCCGUAAUCAUCUGCGCAGAGGCGGGCAAGGCGAGCACGCUGAGCAAAAAGGGCUCCAAGGACAAAAAGGGCGGCGUGAAAGGAGGCGUGAAAGGAGGCGUGAAAGGAGGCGCGCAGGCAGGAGGCGAGGUCAAAGCAGGCGUCAAGGCUGGAGGCGAGAUCAAAGUAGGCGUGAAGACGGGAGGCCAGGUCAAAGGAGGCGUGAAGAAGGGCGGUUCCAAGAAGGGCGGUUCCAAGAAUGGCGGAUCGAAGAAGCCAGUGACUUCAUCAUCCAGGCAGGUUGGUGCUUCUUCCGCUAAGGGCGCCGACCUGACGAGCAACACGGAUUCAUACAACACCUUCGACGCCGGCGAGGUUCGGGUCAAGGGCGUGUCGUGGGAAGCGAAGAAGUGCCCGAACGACUUGGCUAAGAAGGACUGGGGCGGGUGCACUGCCAUUAACUGCUCCAAGGGCGGAUGGCCCGGCAAGUUCAAGGAGUCCAUCAUUACGACGCAGAAGGGGAAGCACUGGGCGACCAUCCUGCCCAACGGCGGCUUUUCCAAGAAGAAGGCUACCCCCGAGUCGUGCUGCAACCAGUGCGCCGCGAGCCACGACUGCACCUAUUGGCAGUUCAUCCCCGGUAGCGGCAACCAAAUGGGUUCGUGCGAUCUGAUGGCCGGCGAGAUGAAGUUCGAAUGCGGCGACCUGGCAGCAAUCUACGAGGGCAAGGACAAGCCGGUGUAUCUGCAGCAUCCAGUUUCUAAGCUUCGUUUUCUCGUGUGA